AUGGAAAUGCAGAUCAAGAAGCCGAGGCAGGGUCGCCAAAAGAUAGCAAUCACCAAAAUUCCAAACAGGAGUAAUUUACAAGUCACUUUCUCAAAACGUUGUGCAGGACUCUUCAAGAAGGCUAGUGAGCUCUGCACACUUUGUGGAGUUGAGAUUGCAAUAGUAGUAUUUUCUCCUUCAAACAAGCCCUUCUCUUUCGGCCAUCCUAGCGUUAAGGCCCUCAUUGGUCGUUUUCUUACUCCAAGCCCUUCAUCAUUUCCCAUUACUAUUCAUCAAACAUUGUACCCCAAGAAGGCUAGUGUUGAACAUGAGCUCAAUAUGCAGCUAAUCGCAACUGAAGAUCGACUAGAGGCUCAGAAAAGGCGAGGAGAAGAUCUUGACAAGAUGAGUAAAGACAGCGAGCAGUCAAGUGAUUGUUGGUGGGAGAAGCCAAUUGAGGGACUUGGAUUGGAUGAGCUGCAGAUGUUGAAGGUUGCAAUGGAGGAGCUCAAAAAGAAUGUGACAGAACAAGUCCACAAGAUGAAUGGCCCUGCCAUAUUUUCAGUACCAUUGUCUGUGAUGAAUCUUGAUCAUCAUCUUUCUGAGAGAAAGUUUGCUGAGAUUAAUGGAUGUCAUGGUUCCAUGAUCCCUCGUGCCUAUGGACAUGGUUCUUUCAUUUGA